AUGCCUUCCACAGAAGAAACUUGUGUUAAUUUUUCAGAACAACUACCAAUAACCUCUGAAAUCAAUGAAAAUAGCAACGUAGUCCUUGACUAUCAGAAUCAGUUUAGUUUUCGUGUUCCUCCCGAGAUUCCUAGCUGGAUGACCUUAAAUUCCUCAGCUAGUAACUUCUACACUGAUAUUCAAAAAUACACUUCACAACCUAAUCCAACACCCCAGUCGGUAUAUACUGGGAUUCCAGUUCAUUACAAUAGAACUCCUGAGAACUCUACGUUUCAGAAUCGUGGGCGUGUUAGAACUCCUGGUCCUUUCAAGGGAAAUAGAGGAAGUCUUCGAAAUCGCCCCAACCAAGGUACUCACACUGCUAAUACUGCCGGUACGACGACAACUACAAAAGAACCAUCCAUUUUUUACUGCGAUAUUUGCAAAGUUAGUUGUGCAGGUCCACUAGCCUUCAAAGACCAUGAAUCUGGUCAACGCCACAAAAAAAGAUUGUCCCAGGUUGAAGCGAUUGAAAAAUUAAAACAGGAAGUCUCUACCGAUGGAAGUUCAUCAUUAAUUAUUAACUCAGCUUCACGAGAAUUACGUUGUGAGCUUUGUGAUGUUGGUUGCACCGGUGCCGACUCUUAUACUGCCCAUUUAUCUGGUAGACAGCAUCAACGUACGCUCAAGUUACACAAGGAAUUGGGGAAACCAAUUCCAGAAACUGAUGAUCCCCUUGUACCAGCUAUUGUGGCAGAUAUGAUUGCCACUGCCGCUGACGAUGCUAAACCAGUUGAAGCGGAUGAAAAUAAAACAAAUCCUACGGAAAACACGUUUAUGAAACAUAUUGAUUUAAAACAACUUGCUGGUCCUGAACUACCUGCUGUUGGACAAGAGUAUUUAGAAACUAUUAUUAAUAGCAACAACAAAACUGUUAAAUAUCGUUGCAAGUUAUGUGAUUGUGAAUUUUCAAAUCCAGAUUCUCGUGAAUGUCAUUUACGUGGUCGUCGUCAUCGUCAACAGUACAAAAAGAAAGUCGAUCCAUCGUUUGUUGUCGAUCCAAAUCCUGGAAAUCAACUUCGUCGAAAAGUGAUAGCAGCUAAAGAAAAGAAGACGAGACGUAACGAACCAAAACAAAAUACUAGACGUGGUCAAUUUCAUUUGUAG